AUGGAAAUCGGGGGCCUCUAUGACGAAAGUAUUGGAAAGAACGAACCGGAUGUCUAACCAAAGCUCAUGAUUUCGUGUAAUUCUCACUGCUAUUGACCGAUAUCCUUACAGAGAAAAAGUACAAACGCUCGAUUAUUAGUGACAAAGAGUUUCAAAGCUCGAAGCAAAUUCUUGGGGGUAAAGCCCCACUAUUUCGGCAAUAAAGUAAAGGCAAGCGGCCAAACAAGGAAAGAAGUCAGACAAUAA